UUUGUCCGAUAUAGAGAGUAGAAAUGCAUAACGCAGAAAUAAUAAUGAUUUAUAUAAAAUUUUAUAUUAAAAAAAAAUAAUAAUAAUAAUAAAUUUUUGUUGAUACGAUGAUCGAGUUCUGAUAUUGAUUAUAAACUUUGCUUGUUCUUAUAAUCAAAAAACGCUCAUUUCUUUGUUGAGGAAAUAUGUUUUUAUUCAAUUUACAUGUACUUUAUCAAUUGAUUAAUUAAUUAUUUAUUUUGUUUAUUUAUUGACUUAACUACUGAUCGAUCUAUUUAAAUCUAUAAUUUAUUUAUUUAUUUAUUUAUUAUUAUUUUUUUUUAUAUUUCUGAUUUACUAGUAUUUUACCUCAUUAAGAUCAACACAAGUUGUUUGAAUUUCUUGUUGUCAAUAUAGUAUUAAAACUCCUCUAUCGAGGUUUUCCUCAAUAGGAUCAACACAAGUUGUUUGUGUUUCCUGAGGACAAUAUUUCAAACUCCUCUUUUGAGGUUUUCCUCAUUAGGAUCAACACAAGUUGUUUGUGUUUCCUGAGGACAAUAUUGAUUAAAACUCCUCUCUUGAGGUUUUCCUCAUUAGGAUCAACACAAGUUGUUUGUGUUUCCUGAGGACAAUAAUUUUUUAUUAAACAUUCUAUGGUAACAUUUUAGUUUUUGAAAUCAGCAUUACUUUAGAGGGUAACUGUUUUAUUCGGAAAGGCUAGUAUAUAAAACAAAAUAAUAAUAAUGAUAAUAUAUAACAAUAAUAAAAAGGGGAUUUUAGUAAAUGUAUUUAUCUAUUUGUCGUUGUUUACAGGACAAAUCUUGAAAAUACAAAUCUCACCAUAUCUAUUGAUUUUUAUUGACAAUAAGUAUUUCUUUUUACAGCAUCACUAAAGAAUUAAAAGUAUAUAUUUUCAGUAUAUAUUCAAUGCCUCCAAAGAGACAGUCAAGUAGGGCACGAGCGGUUCCACCCGCUACUUCCCGACUAGGAAAGAAAAGACGAUUGGUAGCAGACCAAAUCUCGGUACCUGAUGAUGUGGUGGAUGAAAUCACCAAAACUGUCACGGAAAGGGUUACGGCUUCAAUAACAACACUUAUUAAAGAAGUUGUCAACGCUAGAUCAUCGGAUUUAGAUAAUCAGGGGAGUAUAGAUAAUAGUAACGUGCAAGCAUCUCCACAGAUUACCAUCUCAGAUAAUAGUGCCACGGUAAAUUCUCAAUUAAGUGUAUUGCCCGAGGCCACUGAAGCAAAUAAAGGUAAGGGACAAACAGGAUUUGUCAGCACAGCAGUGCCAAUAGAAGCUCUUGUGUCUGACCAAAUCAAGUCUAAGAUAUGGUCGAAUCAGUGCAUUGAUUUUGUCAAACUUUUAUCGAAAGAAAAACAGAAAAAGGGUAAGUUUUCUUUGCAAGUAGAAAAUAGUGAUUCUCAGGGGAAAUUAACCAUUCACCAGGUUGAGAACGAUGCUGAAGACAAGUCAAGUGUUUCUUCUAUGCAUGACUGGAUUACAGCUUGGAACAGGUAUGCAGCAAUAUAUUGUAUAAAAUAUCCUGAACAGCAGUCAAAAUUAGCCAAGCAUUUAGAGGCAGUACGAGACAUUGCUGAUGCCAAAGGUAAUUGGAAAUAUUAUGAUGCAGAAUUUAGACAACUUGUAUCUCAAGGACAGGUUGCAUGGGGGGAUGUUCAUAUGGAAUUGUAUGUUAACGCUAGACUCAAGACUGAUCUAUUGACAAAAGUAAGUAGUGAAGACGCACCAUUAGGGCCAAUUCCAAAAGGGGCUUGUUUCAAUUAUCAUGCAGGCAAGCAGUGUCGUGCAGGUUUAUCCUGUCGCUUCCAACACAGGUGUUACAACUGUGGUAGCAACCACCCAUUUAAUCACUGUAACAAACAAACUCAGCAGCCCUUUCGUUUCCUUAGAAAAUUCCACACCCAAGCAAAUAAUAAGAAGGAAUCUACCAACCCCUCCAAACAAAGGGAUGACAAAAGUAAGUAGAUUGGCAAAAUUGUUGGCUGGGUUUUAUUGGUGAAAGCCCGAGUAUUGAAUCAUAGAAUUUAAAUUCUGCUUUCCAAAACUCACAGCUAAUGUCUCAAGAUAGAAAAGAAAUUUUGGCUGGGAGGGUUUAUGGACCUUUUGAAAUCAAACCAAUGAACUGGAUUCAGUUAAAAUGGAAUCUAGGCUUCCAGAUGAUAAGAUCCUUAAGUGUGUUAAGAAAAUUGAAUGAAGUUUACAACAACAAAAAUUGACGCUUAAGGAAUUGCAGUCACUAUUGGGUUUAUCAUACUUUGCAUGUAAUGUAGUAUUUACCAUUAGGUCUUUUCUUAGAAAACUUAUAGACUUGAAAUGGAAUUAAACACACACACAGAAAAAACAAUACUAUAAGAUUAGAAUUAAAAAAGAAUGUAAAAGGAGAUCUUAAUGUUUGGCUGAGUUUGCUUUCAAAUCACAAUAGAUCUACCAAGUUUUUUGCCGGACAAGUUACUGAUGCAUCAGGGUCUAUUUGAUAUUCUGUAGUGCUUGGUAGUCAGUGGUUUCAAAGAAAUUGGGAUAUUAAUUGGAGACACCAGAAUAUUGCUAUUUUUAAAUUUUAUCCUAUAGUAUUCGCUGUGCAAACGUGGUCAAAAUAUCUUGCAAAUAAAUAUAAUUUGUUUAACACUGACAUUCAAGCACUUGUGUUAAUCUGUCUGGAAUUUAAUAUUCAUUUUAAAGCAAGACGUUUGUCAAGCAAAGAAAAUUUGCUAUGUGACUAUCUUUCUCGUUCCAAGGUACAGCAAUUCCGGGAACUGGCUACUUGGACAGAACAGACUUCCAGUAGGAAUACCUCCCCUUCCGCCUUUUCCAUCUUGAUCGGCGUUAAGGGGAAAUUACCAACCCUGGACAUUUCAUUGGAGAUCAUCUUAAUUUCUGAUGCAUACAAUAUUUGGUGACAUGUUUUAGCAGUAA